AUGAGAUUCACAGGUACUAAUUAUGUGUUACAAGUACUAAUGCAUAAAUUACAGAAAAUUACAUUUUUACUUUUUCUAUUUUGUAAUAAUCUUGUUGCAAGUAGUAUAUUUCAAUCAGGAAAAGAAUAUGUAUAUUCCUAUAAUGCACUUUCAAGUUCUGGUGUUUUGCUACCAUCUGGUGCAUCAUCUUCAUGGGGUUUCAAUGGAAAACUUGUAAUUCAAACAGAACAAAAUGUUGCUACAAUGCAGUUACAGUCAUUACAAAUGACCAUAUGGAAUGGUAAAAUACAAGAAGAAAUAGAAUAUCAAGAUACUCCUGAAAAUGUAGCUGAUCUUCUGAAACCAUUUCAAAUCACAUAUCGGAAUGGCCUUAUUGAAAAUUUCAGUACAGAAGCUAUAUCUCCUUGGUCUACAAACAUAAAGAGGAGUAUAGCAGGAAUUUUACAAUUAGAUCUGCCUAACUUAGAAAAGGAAACAGCAUUUCAUUCAACAGAAAGAAAUCAUUAUGGUCAAUGCAACAUUGAAUAUAUUGCUAAUCCUGAAGAAGAAAAUGAGUGGUUGAUAAGGAAAUUUUUAGAUCCUCGAACUUGUGUUGGACAUCCUCAUUAUACCUGGUCAAAUAUUCCUAAGAUACAAAUCUUUAAAUUAAUUUUGGUGAAAGAUACAAUAGACAAAAUACCCAUUAAAGACUUACAUUUCAAAGUUCUACAACAUGAACUUCCAGAAGUUGAUCUCACUCAAGGCAGAGGUACUCCUGAUAAGAAUACUGUUUUUAAAUCUAUAGGGAAAUUAUUAGAUCGAUUAAGUCAGAGACUUGAAAAUCCUGGUUUGGAUACAGAAACCGAUAAUUUACAUAACACAACAAUUACUGUAUUACUUUACUAUCUUGGGAUGUUAGAUAUUGUUGAUUUACGAAAUGCAUACACAAAAAUUUCAGGAACAAGUUAUAAAGAAGAAACAAUACGGAAUAUGUUUCUUGAAACUCUUCCGCAAGUUGGUACAAAAGAAGCUGCAUUAUUCAUAUUAGAACUAAUUCAAGAUAAAAAGGUUUCCGAUAUGUCUGCAAUUCAACUGCUUACUCAAUUACCAUUUCAUAUACGAAAACCUGAUGUUCAAUUACUAGUAAAUCUACAAAUAUUUUUAAAUUUACCAGAAAAAAUUUCUGUUGAAGUUCAAAAUACUGCUAUUCUUACAUAUGGCACGUUAAUCUAUAAAACAUGUUUACUGUAUUGUCCAUACGAAAUAUUAGAUGAUUAUGUGCGUCUAUAUCUCGAUAAAUUUACAGAGACAAAGGAAUAUGAAAAGAAAAUGAUUUGGCUAGAAGGAUUAGCAAAUAUACAGUUAGGAAGAGUAAUUGAAUUCUUAGAACCUAUUGCAAGUGGCAAUAAUGCAGAAUCACGUCAUUUUCGCGUUCUUGCUGCUUGGGCAUCGCUUCCAACUGCUCCUUUAAGACCCGAUGUUAUAUAUCCUGUCUACUGGCCGAUUUUAAUAAAUAGAACAGAACACUUAGAAAUGAGAGUAGCUGCAUUGACAUUACUUAUUGUUUCUAGUCCUACUCCAAACAGAUUAAUAUCAUUAUAUUGGUAUAUGCAAAGUGAACCCAGCCAACACUUAUAUCAUUAUUUUUAUACCAUUUUAAAAUCGAUGGAACAUACCACACACCCUUGUUAUGUUCAUAUAGGUGUGAUAGCUGCACAAUUCACUAGAAUACUUCGUCCAACAAAAAACAAAUAUUUAAUUACUGGUAACUAUCUGUUUGACUAUCAAGACACAUAUAGAAAAUUUGGCGUUAUGAUUCAUGGUAUUGUUAUUGCUAAUCCUUUAACAAACAUACCUGAGGUUUUAUAUGUAACUGUAAAUACUUAUGGAAGUGGAGUCAAUAUCAAUCAUGUAUCUUUAUAUAUUAAAGCUGAAGGUCUUCUACAAUCAUUGUCAACACAUGUAGAUGGUCCAACACAAGUAAAGGAUAUAUUAAAACAAUUUAAGUUAGACCAAAAGCAAAAUGGACCUGUACAUUUAGAAAUAAUUGCACGUAUUCAAGAAAAAACAGUUUUAUGUCUUCAUCUUAACGAAACAAAUAUUAUUAAAGGAUUUAAAUAUCUUAACUCUUUACCUGAUAAUAUAUAUCAUAUAUAUCAAAAUAUGGAGUUUCAUGUUAACCAACAACGUAUUAAUGUUCCAUUAACAAUGGAAUCAGUACAAGUCACAGAUCUGGGAGCAAAUGUCAGACUUGCCAUUACUGCAACAUCACUAUUCUCAAUGAGAGGAAAUUUUACACGUGUUUCAAUUGGUCGCAAUAAUCACGUUAUAUUACGAACAUCUAUUCACAAAUCAGAAAUAAUUGAAAGUUAUAAUCCUUUAAUCGAUACAUGGCAUAGUGCAGAGAGAGCACAUUCUAUCCAUGGAUAUCUUCCAGUCAAUAUUACACUUGGAUUUGAAGAUCGUCCAUUUAUUUCAUACAAUACUCCCGGAGAACAUCUUAAAAUGGGUAUCACAGUUCAUGUUAGAACAUCUACUAAUAUAAAAGGAUUAAACAUUAAAUCAAAAUUACAUCAAAUUUGUCCAAUUUGUCCACAAUUAUACAUAGUUACAAAAUCACCAACAUAUAAACCAAAGACGAUUGAUGUAUUUCAAAUGGAAUUAGUAGAAUUAGGAGGUCAAAUGUAUGUAAAACUUUUUGACUGUGAGAAUGUAAUAUCGCGAGAAAAACUAGUUCGAGAUGUGUUUUCUUCACAUCGAGCCAAUUAUCCUAUUUGGCCAUUUCUGGAGUUUGCUUUAACAGCUCUUCAUUUCUUAGAUUACUGCACAUAUGUACCACCAAAAGGUAGUUGUGGUUUAGCUGCUUAUAUUAGCACAAUUGAUGCAGAGCGUACUCAAGUAAAGUUUGAAUUCAUUAAAAGUCCACAUCAUCAUAUGUUAUCAUUAACUCAUAGCAAUGCAGAUUCAUCACAAAUCCUCCAACAGUGGAAUCUAGCUGCACGUUAUGAUACUAGUUGGAUAUCUGAUGUAGUUAAAAUUAAAGCAACUAAAAUUAUACCAGGUCAAAAGGUUUUAAAGUUUUGUUUAGAAGCAGGAAAACAAGUACCCUGGGAAUGGAAUUUUUUGAGUACUAAACCAAGUGAUCCUGCUAGUAUUACAUUAACUGCUGUUUGGGGAUACUCUGAUACAGCAAAAGGCCAAUGCAGUGGAUCUUCAAUUACAUUAAAUUUACUUGGUGAAAUUAGUCAAGAUCAAUUAGAAAAUGCUAAAGAACGAAAAUGGCCUUAUGAAGAAUGUCGAAAACAAUCUAAAGGAAAACGUUUUACACCAUUUUCUGAUGCUUGUUAUGAAGCUUCAAGGGAAUUAUCAACUUUGAGAAAAUAUCAAGUUAUUGCACAACACGAAAAUAUACCAGAAGAAUUAGUGAGAUUAGCCUGGAAAUUUCGAGCUUUUUAUGAUUUAAUUGGUGGAAAUAGUAGUUCUAAUUCUUUUCAUAAGGAAUUCAUUGUGGCAGCAACAUUUCCAAAAGAAUCAGAUAGUGGUGAAUUAGCACUUAAUAACGAUAAAGUAGUUAUUGAAUAUAAUUAUAAUCUCAUAGAUUAUUUUUUAACUAGAACUAGAAUUCAUAAAUACAUGGAUUUAUCAAUUCUAAAAACGUUUUUUGGCACAUGUAUUGUGACACCAGAGUAUAUACGAUCGAUUCACAACGUAACUUACCCGUUUCGUAACAAUCAUGAGGUUUUGUUACUGGGCGAGUGUUAUAAUGAGAAUCCAAAAUAUGCAUUCACAGCACGAAAUGAUGUAUAUGGUGUUAAAGUUGACAUAUAUGAUGAAAUAGAUACAGUACGAAUUGUACCUAAUGAGCAUGGAGGAACAUUAUACAAUAAUACAAUACAUAUUCCAUUACCACAAAGCUUUAUGUUUCAUACAUUGGGUUCUAAAAGAGUAAGGUUGGAUAGUAAUACCAUUGAUAUAAUAAUGUAUCCUAAUCUCUAUUUGUACAUGCAUUGGACACAAGAACAAAUUCUUCUCCUCUUUCCAACUUAUCUAUUAGAAUUUGGUUGCGGUAUAUGUACACUACGCACUCCUGACACUAAUAAUUUGUAUGAAAAAGUAUAA